AUGACUGUCACUUACUCCAGUAAAGUAGCAAAUGCGACUUUUUUUGGAUUUCAUAGGUUACUCCUCAAGUGGAGAGGCAGCAUCUACAAACUACUGUACAGAGAAUUUAUUGUUUUUGCUGUACUUUACACAGCAAUAAGUUUGAUGUACAGAUUGUUACUUACAGGAGCCCAAAAACGUUUCUUUGAAAAAUUAUCAAUUUACUGUGACAGAUAUGCUGAACAAAUUCCAGUAACCUUUGUGCUUGGCUUUUAUGUUACUCUCGUAGUGAAUCGAUGGUGGAACCAGUUUGUGAAUCUGCCCUGGCCAGACAGGCUGAUGUUCCUCAUCUCCAGCAGCGUUCACGGAAGUGACGAACACGGGCGCCUGCUCCGGAGGACGCUGAUGCGCUAUGUCAAUCUCACCUCCCUGCUCAUCUUCCGCUCGGUCAGCACAGCCGUGUACAAACGGUUCCCCACGAUGGACCACGUGGUUGAAGCAGGUUUUAUGACAGCAGAUGAAAGAAAAUUAUUUGACCACCUCAAAUCUCCUCAUCUGAAAUACUGGGUUCCAUUCAUCUGGUUUGGAAAUCUCGCAGCUAAAGCCCGGAAGGAAGGUAGAAUCAGAGACAGUGUUGAUCUUCAAUCACUGAUGACUGAAAUGAACCGAUUUCGCUCCUGGUGCAGCCUCUUAUUUGGUUAUGACUGGGUCGGGAUUCCGCUGGUUUACACCCAGGUGGUCACGCUGGCUGUCUACACCUUCUUCUUUGCCUGCCUGAUCGGACGCCAGUUUCUGGAUCCCACGAAAGGCUAUGCGGGGCAUGACUUAGAUCUUUACAUUCCAAUCUUCACUCUCCUACAGUUCUUCUUCUAUGCAGGAUGGCUCAAGGUAGCUGAGCAGCUUAUCAAUCCUUUUGGAGAAGAUGAUGAUGAUUUUGAAACUAACUGGUGCAUUGACAGAAAUCUGCAGGUCUCUCUUUUGGCUGUGGAUGAAAUGCACAUGAGCUUACCUAAAAUGAAGAAGGAUAUUUACUGGGAUGAUUCUGCUGCUCGUCCACCAUACACUCUGGCAGCUGCUGACUACUGCAUACCCUCGUUUCUGGGGUCAACCGUCCAAAUGGGAUUGUCUGGGUCCGACCUGCCGGGUGACGAGUGGUUGUGGGAUUUUGAGAAGCACGGUCAUCGCCGUUCGGUGAUUAGAAGAGUCAAGAGGUUCCUGAGCGCUCACGAACACGCCUCAAGCCCCAGGAGGAGAAGCUACGGGAGGCAGGCCAGCGACAGCUCCAUGUUCUUCCCCCCAAGCGACCUCAGCCCAACCAGGGAUCUGCUGGAUGUGCCUCCAAGAAGCCAUCACCGUGCCUCGGCCGCCGGGAAGCACCCCCGGUCUCCAAAGGGGAGCCCCAAGCUGCGCUCCAGCCUAGGAGAGCUGUCCACCAUCCGAGAGACCAGCCUGAGUCCACAGUCCAGUGUGAGGGGCUCCCCCACCAAAAUGCCGCAGGUCUCCAAGGUACUGGCCACAGCCACCAAAGCGCUCGUGGCUGUGGCAGAGCACGACCACCGUGACUCCACGGGCUCCAUCCAGAGCUCUGACUUUACAGGGGUUCAGCCCAGCAGGCCUGAGCAGCAGGAGGACCCUGUGGGGUUGGUCCCGUUCUCCUCCGAGAAAGGGGUGCCUCCUAGGGACCCUCGUUCCCAGACUGUUCCAGCCAAAGCUGAGAAAAGCAGCCUCAAGUCUGCCUCUGAGGAAGACCCUCAUGAGAAGGACAAGUCCCCCCAAAAGUGGAGGCUCCUAGAGUCCAGCCGCACCUCCCUGGCACGCCUGAGUCUGGAUCCCAUGAACCCUGAGCCACUUCCUUUCUUGGACCCAGAAACAUCCUCAGAGACCAGUGGAAUCACCUUUGCGGCUGGUCCUCGAGUCUCUCCUGAUGUGCUGUAUCUAAUGGAAAACCUGGACACCAAAGAAACGGAUAUUGUAGAGUUCAACAAUGAUCAGACGGAGGAGUCUCCCAAGGGAAGGCCAGAACAUUCUAGGACCUGGUUCUAG